AAUCAUUUCAUGUUUAAGUAAAUUUAUUGAAAUAAUAGUAGUUUUGCUCGAUUCUUUGGAUUCGGUUUCCAAUCUAAAUUAGAUAAUUUGCUUAAAUAAGAAAACUUAACUUUAGAGACCAUCUUAAAUGAAGAGGACAUCUUACAAGAAUUAAAAAUGUCAAGCUCAGAAAAAUUUGCUGAUUUGUUAAAUUUUAAAUAAUAUUUUUAGCAUUAUCUCGCAUCCAAAUGAAUAUUAGAAAAUGAUCCAUUACAUUAUUGAUGAAGUCGAACCACAAGAAUAAGAUAUUAACACAUACAUUAAGUAAUUUAUCAAUUUCAUCAUUAGAUAUCAAUUUAUAAUAAGUGAGGUAUUUGGUUCAGAAAAUGAAAAACUAAUUAACUAUUUAUUUGAUAAACCAAGUGAAAACAACCAAGAAGAAAUUUAAAAUCCUUUGGAAGAUUCAUAAACUGAUCCCGUACCUACUCAAGAAUAAUUAAAUAAAGAAUUAAUUAGAUAACACUUACUUGAUGAUUUCCUUCAAGUUUUAGAAAAAGAUGCGCUCGUAAUCACUACAGCUGGCUAUGUUAAUAAGAUAAUCGGAGCCAUUAUCCAUAAAAGAGGGCAUGAUGUAAAAUCUAUUACAUUUAAAAUAGUUUUGGGAAUAUAUAAUAAAAAAUCAAAAUAUCAUAUCAAACCUAUUCAAGCAUGCAGAACUUAAACAUAUAACUGAAAUCAUUGAGAAGCUGAUCAUUCUAGAUACAAAUCAAGAGGAAAAUGAAGACAAGCACUUUCUCAAGGAAAGAUCAGAAUUAAUUAUUAGACUGCAAAAGUUUUUAACUGCUAACUCCCAUUCAAAUAUUAUUAUAUCUAAUGUGUGCGAUAUCUUCAUCGAACUAUAUAAGAGAGAAUUAUAAACAAUUGACUCUACACCACAUUUGAGAUCUAUUUUACCUAGCGUUCCCUCACCCUAAUACCUCAUGAAUCUUGCCAAUUAAACUCAAAACACUUCGGUUUAUAAUUUAUUAAACAUACAAUUUGAAUUUUAUACAAAAAUAGAAGUAAUAGAGGAUGGAAAAUAUGCAGUUGAUCUAAAACAACUAUAUUCUAGUGUGAUUUCAUAAUUGCCCUCAGCCUUAAUUUAAUAAGACAUCUUUAAAGUCGCUUUUAAAACCUCAAACGGAGAUCAAGUAUAUCCACUUGGGGAUUCCAAAUUAUCAUUAAUUUCUUUCAUUAUCUAACUUUGUUAAAGGGAAGAAAUAGCAAAAGAGAUAACACAAGCAACCAUUUUUUAACAUAUCCUUAAUCUAAUACUCAAAUAUUCCUCCAAUAACUAAUUGUAAAUUCUAUUCGAAAAACUUGUUGUAACAGUCCUCUAAAGCAAAGUUUCUCAUCUUUAACAACUUUUAUUUUAAGACUAAUUAAUUUUAAAAUUUUUGAUUUCAAAUAAUGGGAUAGAGUAAAGAAAAUAAAAACCAUUUUAUUAAGGAGUUCUAACUAAAAUUACUAAUUAUCUUAAUUCUAACAUCAAUUAAUCAGAAGAAUUAGCUAAUUCCAUUGAUCAAAUCAAAGAAGAUUGGUAAAAAUACAUAGAUGAAUUAAAUGAAGUAAACCAAAAAGAAUUACAAUGGAUGUUAGGUGUUAAUCCUAGAAUGAAGGAAUAAAUCAAUUCUGGAUCUUCCAGUCCCUUCAGACCUGAUCCCUUGAUUUCAUAUUAAGGAAUAAGAAGAGUAGAAAAUAAUGACGAUAAUCCCAUCAAUUAAUAACAAAAUGAUGAUGCUGAAAAAUAGGAGAAUUCAAACAAUGAAGAUCAAUCUGAUGAUAAAGACGAGUAAAUUUAAUAAGAUGCCAUACAGAUUUCCUCUCCUGAUACUUAAAACAACAGAGUUCAAUCUGAAGAUAAUGACUAGUAACUGCAAUUAGAUGCCAUACAGAUUGCUAGCAUCAAUCAACAUUAAUUUGAUGAUAAUCAUUAAGUACAAGAACAACAUUAAGAGAUCUAAGAGGCAGAAAAUUCAGCUUAGACUAUUAAUACAUAAUAAGAAGUAAUACAAAAUGAAUUGAUACCAGAACCAGAACCAACAGAGUUGAUUGAUUAGCAAUAACAACAACAUCAGCAAAGUAGUAAAAUUAAUGAAUAAGAAAAUUAAUCAGAAUUAAGUGAACCUGAACCAUAACAAUAAAAUUAAUUUUAGAAUUAAGAACCUUAGGCAGAGCCAGAUGGCAGUUAACAACUUCUAGAAUCUAAUCCUUAAGUUUAAGAAGAUAAUUGA